CUAUCCGGUGGAGACGACACCACAUUGUCCCCCUUCCGGCCCUGCAAAUGGCCGCUGUUCCCUCGUUCCUCUUCCUCCUCAUCUUCUUCUCCUCCUCCCCUCACCUCUCCCUCUCCUUGUCACAAGAACAAGAUGCUCUCUUGAAGCUCAAGAGAUCUCUCUCUCCAGCGGAUAAUCCGUUGGACAACUGGGACCCAAACACCUCCCCAUGUAACGACAAAUGGGCUGGGAUUGUUUGCAACCAAGAUGUCAUCACCGGUCUCCAUUUCGCCAACAUGGGUCUCUCCGGAAAUAUUGACGUUGAUGCAUUAAAAGACAUUCCUACCCUCAGAACCAUUAAUCUCAUGAACAACAAAUUCUCAGGUCCAAUUCCAGAUUUCCACAAGCUUGGUGUCUUGAAAUCCUUGUUUUUGGCGGGAAAUGACUUCUCCGGCGAAAUCCCGAAAGACUACUUUUCCCAUUUGACGUCGUUGAAGAAAAUUUACCUCAACGGUAACAAUUUCACAGGAAAAAUCCCAGAGUCAUUGACCCAAUUGACCAAGCUAGAAGAACUUCAUUUGGAGAGCAACCAAUUCACUGGCCCUAUACCAAAAUUAAAACCAGGAAUAUUGAACUCCCUUGACUUUUCAAAAAACAAGUUACAAGGUCCUAUCCCGGAAACCCUGUCGAAAUUUGACCCCAAGGCGUUCGAAGGGAACGAAGGACUAUGUGGCGGGCCACUCAAGUCAUCAUGCAAGCCGCCUCCAACACCGUCAUCUCCUCCGCCAAAAUCCCCUUCAAAGUCUCCGCCAGAAUCCCCAUCAACAUCGCCGCCCUCGACUCCAAAGAAGCAAGAGGAAGAUAGAAAAUCAAAAACCAUCAUCAUAGUCAUCAGCGUCAUUGUCGGUAUCAUGGUUCUACUCCUGCUUUUUGUGCUGCUCACGAAGAAGAGGCGAAAACGGGAGGACGAUUUCAACGUGCUCGGCAAGGAACAGAUCGUGGAUAACCAUCGUAAUGUACAGGAGAAGGUGGUUGAAGUUCAUAUUCCAAGCACCACAAAUCGCAGCGUGGGAAGUACAAAUGAGUCGAAUCGUAGCGUGGAGGUCAACCAAAGCAAUAGCAAAAAAGGUGGCGGGGACUCGAAAAAGGGGUCGAGUCAGGGGAAAAACGGCAUGAACGAGCUUUUGAUGGUGAACGAGGAAAAGGGUACAUUUGGAUUGCCGGAUUUGAUGAAGGCGGCAGCAGAGGUUUUGGGGAAUGGAGGGUUGGGAUCAGCUUAUAAGGCGGUGAUGUCUAAUGGGUUUUCUGUGGUGGUGAAGAGGAUGAGGGAGAUGAAUAGGUUGGGGAGAGAUGGGUUUGAUGCUGAAAUGAGAAGGUUUGGAAGAUUAAGCCACAAGAACAUCUUGACUCCUUUGGCUUACCAUUAUAGGAGAGAGGAGAAGCUGUUGAUCUCAGAAUACAUUCCUAAGGGCAGCUUGCUAUACGUUUUGCAUGGUGAUCGUGGAAUUUCUUAUUCGGAGCUGAACUGGCCUACCCGUCUGAAGAUUGUCCAAGGAAUUGCAUGUGGAAUGGGAUUCAUCCACACAGAGUUUGCAUCCUAUGACCUGCCCCAUGGAAACCUAAAGUCCAGCAACAUUCUACUAAAAGAAGACUAUGAGCCCGUCCUCAAUGACUAUGCCUUACAUCCUCUCAUAAACCCUAGCAAUGCUGCACAAUCCAUGUUUGCUUUUAGGACCCCAGAGUACAUAGAAUCCCAGCAAGUAUCUCCAAAAGCCGAUGUAUACUGCCUUGGGAUUGUGAUCCUUGAAAUCCUCACCGGGAAGUUUCCAUCUCAGUAUCUGAGCAACGGGAAAGGAGGAACCGACGUUGUUCAGUGGGUCCAAUCAGCCAUGGCUGAUCAAAGAGAACAGGAGUUGCUAGACCCAGAGAUAGCAAGUGAGACAGACUCAGUGGAUCAAAUGCUGCAGCUUCUGAUGGUUGGAGCUGACUGCACUAAGAGUGAGCCUGAGCAAAGGCUUGAUUUAAGCGAAGCCAUUAGGAGGAUUGAAGAGGUACAAGCUUGAGAAGCUUGCAGGCAUGCAUAUAUAUAAAAAUAUAUAUAUGCUAAUAUGCUUGCUAUAUAUUCUUCAAUGGAUUUACUUCAAUACAAAUGGGAUUUUCUUACAACGGUGAGGAAUUAAAAGGGCUGAUGAGGGGAUCAGAGAGUGUUACUGCAACCACAGAAGCAAAUGGAAAACGAGUGAAAAAUACUAAAUUAAAAAAGGGUGCUAAUUCAGGAAUUUUUUUUUUCCCUUACCAUAUAUAUAGGUGAGUUAAAAAAAGGGUAGGAGAGAGAGUGCUGGGUUGGAACAAGGGAGGAAAAUUGGAAUUUAGUGAAAAAUACUGAAUAAAUUAAGUGAUAUUUCUAUUUUGGAGGAAGGUUUGGUUCUUAGUUCUUGGUUUUUUUUUCUUCUUCUUUUUUUUUUUUUUUUUUUUUAAUUUUUAGUUGUACAGAGAAGGAACCAUAAUCAUAAUUUUCGUUUUUUUAGGAAUACUAACACAGAUUCAUACAUGUUGAUUGACUAAACAUACAUGUAUCACAUGAUUUUAUUUAUUUGUCAUUUAUCAGGUUUUCAAAACUGCCAGAGACGUUGCCAACAUCUAUGUUUUAUGCUAACUUUAUCAAUGAGCAAAUCUACAUUUUAGAAAUAAAUAAGAUUGAAUUAUAAGAAAACUGCCACAACGAAUAACAUUUGGUGAAUAAAUUUGGUAGUCUAACGAUAAUCAAAAGUUACUUAUGAGCCAAGAACAAUAAUAAAAUAGAGAAAUAAAUACGACGAUGCAAAUAACUUCUAUCUCAAAAUAAUUAAGAGCAACGGUUAUUAAAUUUGACGCAUGCAUUACACCCACAUAUUUGCAUCCCUCGUCAUGUAAAGUUUUUCUCCUAUACUCGAGGUUGUGUUCUAUUCCUUAUAAUCUCACUUUGUAUCGAAAAGGAAUGCAAGGACGUGCCAAGAAAACGUGAGUCUUAUGGU